CGGAUGAGAUGCUAAUUGUGUUUAGAGUUUUGAAAAUGUGACUACAGAUUGGACAAAAGGAUGUUAGCAAUUGUAAAAAACUGUAACAAACUAUUUCUAACAGUUCAGUUUACUGAGAACACAGAUUUCAGAAUAAAAAACAGCUAAGAAUUAGUGUGCUUGCUGACGUUUGACUGUCACUGACACUUGAAAAGCAGUUUCACUUCCUUUAUUUCAGAGAAAGAGAAAAAUUUCAGAGCUGCUGUUCAACAUGACAGUUCAGAAGAGAAGAAAGAAAAGUCUACAAAUAUUGUUUGAGUUGCUGGUCCUGUAAGAGUGAAAGAAAAUCCAGAGCUGCUGUUCAACACGACAGUUCAGAGGAGGAAACAGAAAGAUCUGAGCGCAGAAGACAUCAAUUGCAACUUCAACACCAUCGGACUGAACUCUUAGGACUUUCUAAUGCAACGGUAUAUCCGGAUGAUCUUCAAAGGCUGAGGCCUAAUGCAAGUAUCGUACAAUAUACUAAAUUGCUGCUAGUUAGUUAAAGUUAUGAACCUCCUUUGUUAUCGAAUGAGUUUUGUAAAUGAAUACUGAUGAUUCUUUCCUGUUUUUUUGGCUUCUCCAUAGCUCCAUUUCCUGUCCCACUUCUGGUUCAACUCAUCAUUGCUCAUUUUACCUAUCUGUCAGUGAAGGACGAUGGCAUCUAUUGAACAACUGCUUUAUGACACACUGGAUGAGCUGGAAAGAGAAAAUUUAAAGAGAUUUAAGAGCUUCUUGAGACGAGAUGGACCUAUUUCAGCUUCUGCACUGGAAACGGCAGAUGCAACUGACACAGUGAAUCAGAUGAUGGAUCGUUUUGGACCAGAAAGAGCUGUGAAGAUCACACUGGAUAUCCUGAAAAAGAUGAACCAGAACCAUCUUGCUGAACAGUUAGAGAACAAACACAAGGAAGUCUUUUUAACAGAGAAUUUGAUGCUGCAGAAAUUUUUGGAAACCCACAAAACCAAUAUGAAGAAGAAAGCAGAACACAUUUUUGAGUGCAAAGAAGAAAAUGAAGUUCAUCUCAAGGAUGUUUACACAGAACUGUUCAUCACAGAAGGAGAUAUGAAAGAUGUCAAUCAGGAACAUGAGAUUCUGAAGAUUGAUGAUGCUUUCAAGAACAAACCAACACAGGAAAAAACAAUCAAAUGCAAUGAUAUAUUUACUGAACUGAGGAAAAAAAAUGAGGAAAAGAUUGUGCUGACCAAGGGAGUCGCUGGCAUUGGUAAAACUGUCUCUGUGCAAAAGUUCAUCCUGGACUGGGCAGAAGGAAACACCAAUCAGGAUAUACACUGUGUGUUCCUGCUUCCAUUCCGAGAGAUUAACUUGAUGACAAAUGAAGAUUUCAGUCUUCAUGAGCUUCUGCUAGAAUUUUAUCCUGAACUGAAGGACCUGGAGAAAUCAAAGUUAUAUAAGGAAUGCAAGCUGGCAAUUAUAUUCGAUGGACUUGAUGAGAGUCGCCUGACUUUGAAUUUUAAAAGUAGACCAUUGAACACUGCUGAGAAAAGAUCAUCUGUAGAUGUGCUGUUCACAAGUCUGGUCAAAGGGAAGCUGCUUCCAUCAGCUCUUGUCUGGGUGACCUCACGACCAGCAGCAGCCAAUCAGAUCCCUCCUCAGUAUGUGGGUUUGUUCACAGAGGUGCGAGGAUUCACUGACCAACAGAAGGAGGAGUACUUUAGAAAGAGAAUAGAAGAUAACACUCUGGCCUCCAAACUCAUCUCACACAUUAAGAUGUCUCGUAGUCUCUAUAUCAUGUGUCAUAUUCCUGUGUUCUGCUGGAUCGUGGCCACAGUAUUUCAGAAUAUUCCCAUUGGGAACAAUGCAGAGAACAUCAACACAACACUCACUGAAAUGUACAUUCACUUUCUGCUAAUACAGAUGGACAUGAAGAGCCAGAAGUAUGAUAAACAAGAAGAAAGGGAACAUACAAAUAACUUACAAUUAAACAGAGAGAUGAUUUUGAAGUUGGCCAAGCUAGCAUUUGAACAGCUGAAGAAUGAAAACAUUGUGUUCUAUGAGAAAGAUCUGAAAGAAUGUGGUAUUAAUGUGAGUAAAGACACUGAGUUCACAGGAAUGAUCGCUGAGAUCAUCAAGAAGGAAUAUGGACUUCAUGCAACAAAAGUCUUCUGCUUUGUGCAUCUGAGUGUUCAAGAGUUUCUUGCUGCAGUGCAUGUGUUCUUCUGUUACCUGAACUGGGACAUGCAGGGGCUUCAGUUUUUCUUUGAAGAUUCACAAAAAACAGCCGUAAGGCUUCAGUUGUUCAUUAAAAAGAUCUUUAGAAAAGUCAGAUUUCAUGACUUAGCAAAGAAGGCCAUUGAGAAAGCCAUGAAGAGUAAGAGAGGACAUCUUGACCUGUUCCUGCGGUUUCUGCUGGGAAUUUCACUAGAAUCCAGUCAAAACCUGCUCAAAGGCCUCUUCACACGCAUCAAAGAUACCGCAAAGAGCAUCACAAAAACAACUGAACACAUUAAACAAGUACAAGACAUGGAUAUCUCAGAUGAAGCUUCAGUCAACCUAUUCUACUGCUUACUUGAGCUCAAGGAUCAUUCAUUAUAUGAGGAAAUCCAGAGAUACCUCAUUUCAGAUGAACAUAUAGGAAGAAAACUCUCAUCUUCAAUGUGCACAGUGCUGACCUACAUACUGCUGAUGUCAGAGAGGGUGCUGGAUGAGUUCAACCCAAAGAGGUUCACGUCAUCUUCAAACUACAAGAGACUCGUUCCAGCUGUGAGAUGUUGCAGAAAAGCCCUAUUUGAUGGCUGUGGUCUUGAUGAAACAUGCUGUGAAACUAUAUUUUCAGUUCUACAAUCAUCAAACUCCCAUCUGAGACAGCUGGACCUGAGUAGCAAUUACCUGAAUGAUUCAGGAGUGAAGUUGCUUUCUGAUGGACUGAAGAGUUCACACUGUCAACUGAACAUACUGAGGCUAUUUGGGUGUAAUCUCACUGGUCAGUUCUGUGAAAGUUUGUCUUCAACUCUACAAUCCUCCAACUCUGUCCUGAGAGAACUGGACUUAAGUAACAAUGACCUGCAGGAUUCUGGAGUGAAGCUUCUUUCUGAUGGACUGAAGAAUCCAAACUGUCAGCUGCAGAGACUGAGCCUUACUAACUGUAAUCUCACUGUUCAGUCUUGUGAGAGUUUUUCAUCAGUUCUAAAAUCCUCAAACUCUGUCCUGAGAGAGCUGGACCUGAGUAACAAUGAUCUGCAGGAUUCUGGAGUGAAGGUUCUUUCUGAUGGACUGAAGAGCUGUGAGCUAGAAAUACUGAGAUUUUCCAUAUGCAAUCUCAGUGCUCAGUCUUGUGAGAGUUUGUCAUCAGUUUUACAAUCCUCAAACUCUGUCCUGAAAGAGCUGGACCUGAGUAACAAUGAUCUGCAGGAUUCUGGAGUGAAGCUGCUCUCUGAUGGACUGAAGAGAAACUGUAAACUGGAGAUUCUGAGGUUGUCUGGCUGUAUGGUGACAGAGAAAGGAUGUCAUUAUGUGUCUUCAGUUUUGAGUUCAAACCCAUCACACCUGAAAGAGCUGGAUCUGAGCUACAAUCACCCAGGAGACUCAGGAGUGAAGCUGCUCUCUGAUACACUCAACCAUCCAAACUACACACUGGUCAAACUCAAUGUGGAUCAUGGAGGAGAGUUCAGGAUUACAGCAGGACUGCACAAAUGCAGAACGCGACGCCGUGGUCAUCGGAGACUCCAUCGUCCGCCACGUCCACGCUACCACAACCAAAGGUAAGGUGCGCAGUCACUGUUUUCCUGGUGCUCGUGUUCUCGAUGUCGCUACACAGGUUCCCGCGAUCCUGAAUGGCGCUGAGAGCAUCGGAGCUGUUGUUCUGCACGUGGGGGUGGACGACACCAGGCCGCGGCAGACGGAGGUGCUGAAGCAGGACUUCAGGAGCCUGAUCGAGACGGUACGAGCCACAUCACCUGCGACGAGGAUCAUCGUGUCCGGACCGCUUCCGACGUACCGACGUGGACAUGAAAGGUUCAGUAGAUUAUUUGCUUUAAAUGAAUGGUUAAUGUCUUGGUGUACUGAACAGAAGCUGCUCUUUAUAAAUAAUUGGAAUCUUUUCUGGGAGCGACCUAGGCUCUUCCGUGCUGAUGGCCUGCACCCCAGCAGAAUCGGAGCUGAUCUUCUGUCGGAGAACAUCUCCAAGAUGCUUCGCACAGUAUGACUAGUAAGUCAAACCUCAAAUCACAGUCUGUGUUCUGCCCACUUAAUUGAUAGAAAUGUGAGUGUAGUACAGUCUAUAGAAACUGUGUCUAUUCCCCGAAUAGUGAGGUUCAACUAUAAAAAUAAAGGAUCUAAAAAAAAUCUGAUCGUGAUUAAACCAGAAAUUCGCAAAAUUACUGAACAAAAACAAUUUCUAAAGCUAGGGCUACUAAACAUUAGAUCGCUGACACCUAAGGCGGUUAUUAUAAAUGAAAUGAUCACAGAUAAUAGUCUUGAUGUAAUUUGCCUUACUGAAACAUGGCUUAAACCAAAUGAUUAUUUCGGUCUUAAUGAGUCUUGUCCACCUGGCUACUGUUAUAAAAAUAAAUGCCGUCCGGUUGGCCGUGGCGGUGGUGUUGCAACAAUCUAUAGAGAGAUUCUUAACGUUACCCAGAAAACAAACUACAGGUUUAAUUCAUUUGAAAUUCUCGUGCUAAACGUUACACUCUCAGAUAUAAGUAAAAAGUCGCUACUAUCUCUUGCUUUGGCUACCGUUUAUAGACCUCCAGGGCCUUAUGUUGAUUUCCUAAGAGUUUGCAGACUUUCUCUCAGACCUAUUGGUCAACGUUGAUAAAGCGCUGAUUGUUGGAGAUUUUAACAUUCAUGUAGACAAUACAAAUGAUGCGUUAGGGGCUGUGUUUACAGAUUUACUAAACUCGUUUGGGGUCAAACAGAACGUCACUGGACCCACUCACCGUCUUAAUCAUACACUAGAUUUAAUUAUAUCACAUGGAAUCAAUCCUACUGAUAUAGAAAUUCGACCGCAAAGUGAUGAUAUCACUAAUCAUUACCUUGUAACAUGCGUACUGCAUACUGCUGAUAUUUGUCAAAUUGCGCCUCGAUAUCGACUAGGUAGAACAAUUCUCCCGACAACUAUAGAUAAAUUCACAAAUAAACUGCCUGAUCUGUCUCACCUGCUCAUUGUACCCAAACACACAAAUGAUCUCGAGAAAAUUACUAGCAGUAUGUGCACCACUUUCACUAGUACAUUAGAUACUGUUGCACUGAUGAGAUUAAAAAAGGUUAGAGAGAAAAAUACUGUACCAUGGUACAACAGUAUUACUCAUGCUAUCAAAAGAGAAACUCGUAAUCUAGAACGCAAUUGGAGACAAACUCGUUUAGAAGUCUUCAGAAUCGCGUGGAAAGACAGCUUGUCCGGUUAUAGAAAGACUCUAAAAGCAGCCAGGGCCGAGCAUCUCCGCAAACUCAUAGAAAAUAACCAAAACAAUCCAAGGUUCUUGUUUAGUACAGUGGCUAGAUUAACAAAUAAACAGACAUAACCAGAACAAAACAUUUCAUUACAGUUUAGUAGCGAUGACUUUAUGAAUUUCUUUACUGAAAAAAUUGAAAGUGUCAGAAAUACAAUUGUAAAUGUACAACCUUUGACAGAGUUUUAUGAUUCAGCCUCAAUUAUCGUCCCUCAAGAACAGUUGCAGUGCUUUACAACUAUAGGACAGGAAGAGCUAAAUAAACUUAUCACAGCGUCUAAACCAACAACAUGUUUAUUAGAUCCAAUACCCACUAAACUACUGAAAGAAUUGUUACCUGUAGCAGAAGAGCCUCUUCUCAAUAUUAUUAACUCGUCUUUAUCUCUAGGUCAUGUCUCAAGACCGUUCAAGCAAGUUCAAGCAAGCAUGAUCUCAUCAUAGCACAGAAACUGCGCUCGUUAAAAUUACAAAUGACUUACUUCUAGCUUCUGACCAAGGCUGUAUCUCAAUACUAGUGCUACUUGAUCUCAGUGCUGCGUUCGACACUAUAGAUCAUAAAAUACUCCUAGAUCGACUACAGAAUUACACUGGUAUUCAGGGACAGGCAUUACGGUGGUUUAGGUCGUACCUAUCAGACCGUCACAAUUUUGUUUAUUUAAACGGGGAAAAAUCUAAGAUAACGAUAGUAAAUUAUGGAGUGCCGCAAGGAUCUGUGUUAGGCCCUCUGCUAUUUUCAGUAUACAUGCUGCCACUUCGUAAUAUUAUAAGAAAACAUGGAAUUAGUUUCCACUGCUAUGCCGAUGAUACUCAGUUAUAUAUUUCAUCACAACCAGAUGAAAACUCUAAAUUAUCCAAUCUGACAGAGUGUGUUAAAGAAGUAAAACAUUGGAUGACUAGUAAUUUUCUGCUAUUAAAUUCAGAUAAGACUGAAGUAUUACUUAUUGGGCCAAAAACCUGUACACUGAAUCUCUCAGACUACAGUCUGCAUUUAGAAGGAUGUACUGUUACUCCAUCCUCGACAGUUAAAGACCUGGGUGUUAUAUUAGACAGCAACUUGUCCUUUGAAAAUCAUAUUUCAUAUGUUACAAAAACAGCCUUCUUCCACCUCAGAAACAUUGCUAAGAUACGGAAUAUGUUAUCUGUUUCUGAUGCAGAAAAGUUAGUUCAUGCUUUCAUGACGUCUAGACUAGAUUACUGUAAUGCAUUACUAGCUGGUUGUCCUGCUUCCUCAAUAAACAAGCUACAAUUAGUACAAAAUGCAGCUGCUAGAGUUCUUACCAGGUCAAGAAAAUAUGAUCAUAUAACACCAAUUUUAUCAUCUCUUCACUGGUUACCUAUUAAGUUCCAUAUCGAUUAUAAAGUAUUGCUAAUGACCUAUAAGGCUCUAAAUGGUUUAGCUCCUGUGUACUUAACCGAUCUUCUAUCGUCCUACAAUCCUUCACGCUCUUUAAGAUCACAAAACUCUGGACUUCUGGUUGUACCUAGGAUAGCUAAGUCCUCUAAAGGAGGGAGAGCGUUUUCACAUUUGGCUCCUAAACUUUGGAAUAGCCUUCCUGAUAAUGUUCUGGACUCAGACUCGCUCACCCAGUUUAAAUCUAGAAUAAAGACACAUCUCUUUAGCCAAGCAUUCACAUAAUGAAUCUCAUAUCAGAUCAAUUGCACAUGACUAUCUUUGCUUAAUGUUAUGAACAGCAGCUAUGCUAAUUCUCCAUUUGCUUUUCUGUUUUAUCUUGGGACGCCCGUCCCGAGGUGACUAGAGAGUACAUCAGCUUCAGUUUGGACCCAGACUCUUAAGAAGACCUCAGAUGACCAACACUUUUGAAGAGACGGCGCCAACUCCUGCGAGGACUUCAGAAGAUGCAACAUCUGGAUCAACACGCACAUUCCCAAAUUUCUAUAUAUCCUAAUUAUUGUUAAUAUGUAAUUCAUUUUUCCAGGAGCUCAUUGCUUCUACCUUCAAUUAAAUUGCUAACAGUGAUUGUAAAUUAAUUGCCUAAAUUAUUACAUUAUUAGCUAACUGCAUUCUUUAAAUUGUAAUGUUGACAUACAUUCUCUGUAAAGCUGCUUUGAUACGAUAUGUAUUGUGAAAAGCGCUAUACAAAUAAAUGUGAAGUGAAUUGAAUUGAA